UUCUGAUCUAAGUUUUCGAUUGGGUAUAAUUGUUUUAGUUUACCCUUUUACGUUGUUGUAAACAACACAAGACGACUCCAACUUCAGCGUUUAGUAUGGAAGCCUAUCGCGGCGAGAAUUAAUCUCGUCCUCUCGUGUUCUCGCUCCCUCGCUUCGUCACAAUCUCGACUUCUCGUCUUCUCGUGUUCUCGCCUCGGAAGUGCAGUUUAUACGCAUGUCCACUGACUACCGUAUCGGCAUUUAUAUUUGGACAUUGAUUAUAAUAAACAUAAGUUCUAGAAAAUUGAAUAGUCCUAAACAAUUUUAACAAGAACAAGAUGGCGGAUGUGAGAGGACGCUUAAAAAUUCGGUCUGAGUAAAUUUUAUUUUUAUCCUCGUAUGAAGAAACAACGGUCAACUAUGUUCUAAUCUGACUGACUUGUAUGUUUCUGAGCAACACCUAGACUAUUAUUUAUGUGAAUUUCAAACCUGUGGUCCCUAAAUUUGUGUUAGUUACACAUCGGAGGAGAUAUUGAGACUCAGUCAUUGUCUAAACAUGGCAGAAGAUCGACACACUGUGACUAAGAGCUCACUACCAAUACAAAUCAAAGAAGCUAGGAUCAAGUUAUCAUCUAGGACAAAUGAUUAUGGUAAAAAUUAUCGUCACAGUAUUUCCAGUACUUCUAGCCAGGAAUCUCCACUUCAACCUAAAACUGCGAAAAUAGCGGGUGAACCAUCGUGUGGGUCAAAAAAUAAUGACGAGUCACCACUAAAUCAACCAGGUACAGUUGACAAUACAUUUUUUGAUAGCAAAGCUUUUCACCUUGUCAUUGAACAAGCUGUACAAACUGCAGUUGCAGGAAUUAAACAAACUCUUCUAUCCUAUGUCAAGGAUCAAUUCCUUGUAUUCGAUGAACGACUAUCUGAGGUUGAGCUAACACAAAGAAGCAUAGGCCUUGACGUAGAUAAUUUCCACGAACGAUUUGAGCAAAUGGAGGCUAGUAUGAAGGCAAAAGAAAGUGAGUGUAAAUCAUUAGCAAACAAAUUAAACAACAACUUAGAACAAUAUACACGGAAAGCCCAUCUGCGAGUAUUUGGGGUAAAAGAAACGCCAAAUGAAGAUUGUGUCAAAAUUGUCUCCAAGUUAAUCAAAGAUAAGGUGAAAAUUGAUAAAUCAAUCUCUAUUGAGGCGGCUCAUCGUGUUGGUCCUCUUCCCAAUGUUUCAAGUGAUGACACUACUCCAAAAACUGUGAAACCCAGGGGAAUUAUCGUCAGAUUUAUGAGAAGGGACGAGAGACAAUUAGUUGUUUCAAACAGACGAAAAUUGGCCAAAUCAGGGGUUUCUAUCGUAGAAGAUAUGACAGUGGAGAAUAUUAGACUUUUAGAUAAACUUCAAAAACACCCACUCGUAAAAUCAUCAUGGUUCUCAAAUGGAAAGGUUAAAGCACAGGGACACAAUAAUAAUGUUUGUAGAGUGGAGUUAGUUCCAGAAUUAGAUGACCAGUUAAUUAGGAAAUUAAGUGAUCAGAAAUUAAGUGAUGGAAAUUUGCAAAUGUUAUGGCUAUUUUCAAAAAAGGUCACCCAAAUGAAUGCAGCAAUUACCGACCCAUUUCGCUCCUUAGUAUUAUUGUAAAAGUAUUUGAGAAAAUUAUAUAUAAACACGUCUUCAAUUUC